UAAAUAGGAGUUUCCAAAACACAGAAAGCCAUAGGGCAGAGGGAAAGUCGUAAAGUUCACCAUAGAGGAGCAAAGUUCAGUCUUCAGUGAGGACUUGGCCAAGAAAGUAAAAACCAGUAAAACAGGAAAGAGAUGAGUGCUUACAACGCUUUUAAAGCUUGUGUUCCAGUAGCUUGGAGCCCUAAUCUAUACAUAACCCUUGUAAGGGGUAUUCCCGGCACUAGAAGGCUCCAUAGACGUACCUUAGAGGCACUGCGCCUUCGCAAAUGCAACAGGACUGUAAUGCGGUGGAACACCCCUACUGUUAGGGGAAUGCUUCAGCAGGUGAAAAGGUUGGUUGUCAUUGAGACAGAAGAGAUGUACAAGGCACGCAAGGAAAAUGUAGCUAAUCACAAAGCUCUUCGGCCUCCUGUGGUUGUAAACCAUCAUCCAGUCCCUGCAGCCGAUUCCCUUCAGUAAUGUUGUUGAAAUUGUGUGCUUGUCACUUCUUUGAUUUAUUCCUGCUAAUGGAAUCAUGCGCUAGUGCAGCUAAUACGAUUUGGGCGCAUUUGAAAGUUAAUGGAAAUGUAGUAGGACUUUUGCUUAAGCAUUUCUUGUUAAAUUUGCCCCCUAUGGGGGUUGUCAUUUAGUAGCUUGUGCAGGCACUUGAAUGGUUUGAGUUAUUUUGUAGCUUGUGGAGGUACCUGAGUGAUAGUUAUGGAGGCGGGCACUUGGAAAAUAGAAAUUAAUGACCGAGUGCUUUUUGGUGUAAUCCAGGCAGUUGACUAGGUAGUUUAGUGGUGUCAACAACAAUGCUUAAGGAAAGAUGGUGUGCUCUCCAUGUAAUAAAAGACUGAUCAGGAUUCACUGCAUUGGUAUUUUCCCUUUUUUUUCAGUUUCUAUGUAGUAGUGAUAAUUUAUUCUGGACCUUUUCUUUAGAAUUCAAA